AUGCCAUGGCUCACCAUUGUUAACCAUGUGAUCAACAGUGCUAACCAUGUGGUCAACAGUACUAACCAUGUGGUCAACAGUGCUAACCAUGUGGUCAACAGUACUAACCAUGUGGUCAACAGUGCUAACCAUGUGGUCAACAGUGCUAACCAUGUGGUCAACAGUACUAACCAUGUGGUCAACAGUACUAACCAUGUGGUCAACAGUACUAACCAUGUGGUCAACAGUGCUAACCAUGUGGUCAACAGUGCUAACCAUGUGGUCAACAGUGCUAACCAUGUGGUCAACAGUGCUAACCAUGUGGUCAACAGUGCUAACCAUGUGGUCAACAGUGCUAACCAUGUGAUCAACAGCGCUAACCAUGUGGUCAACAGCGCUAACCAUGUGGUCAACAGCGCUAACCAUGUGGUCAACAGUGCUAACCAUGUGGUCAACAGUGCUAACCAUGUGGUCAACAGUGCUAACCAUGUGAUCAACAGUGCUAACCAUGUGGUCAACAGCGCUAACCGUGUGGUCAACAGCGCUAACCGUGUGGUCAACAGUGCUAACCAUGUGGUCAACAGUACUAACCAUGUGGUCAACAGUUCUAACCAUGUGGUCAACUAUGUGAUCAAUAGUGGUACAUAA